CCCGCCGCCAUUUUGUAGCGGCCGCCGCCGCCGCCUCCCCGGCCCGGCCCGGGAUGGCGCCGGGCCCCCGCAGGGAGCCGCCCUCCGCCGCCCCCGGGCCGCUCUGAGGAGCCUCCCCCCUCACCCUCAUGGAGCCGAGCGGCCGAGAACGGAGCAGCCCCGUGCCGGGGCGAGCCCGCGCCGCUUCCCUGCUGGGUUUCUCCCCGCUUUGGCCCAAGCUGGCCGUGCCCAGCGCGGCCCCCGCCGCCCCCGGGCCGGCCCAGGCCAGCCCGUCCUUCUCGUGGCUGCGCCUCGCCUCGCAGCUCCUCUCGCCGCUGCCCGCCCUCCUUCACCGCCUGCGGCCCGGCCCGGCUCUCAGCAGCGCCCUGUGCCCCGCCACCGGGGCUCCCCCGCCGCCGGAGCCUCUCCCCUCGCUCCGCCGGGCCGAGGAGAAGGGGCAGGAGGGAGCCGGGGGGGUGCGGAGCGGCCCGGCCGCCCUCGCGGUGCGGAGCGGGGAUUUUUUUUCCUUCGUUUUGGGAAGCGGCAGCUCCGCCAAGAGCCGCCUGCCCCGGCCGCUGAGCGCCGAGCCCCCCGGCGAGGCCUGGAGGGGCGGCGGGGGGCUGCCCGAGGUGGAGCUGCUCCGGAGCAAGCGGCUCGAGUUCCUCCAGCAGCGGCUCCUCGUCGUGCCCGAGCCCGACCACGGCUACCACAGCCUGGAGGAGGAGCAGCAGCACAGGGGAGCCGCCGGGGAGCCGUGGAAACCCGACGAGCAGGAGGCGGCGAGGGGCUCCCCUCCCCCGAAAGGGGAGCUUGAGGUGGGAGCUUUGGCCGCAGAGGGCGACGAGGACUCAGAAAUCGAGCGAAACCUUCCAAUUUCAGCCAGGCCUGCGUGUGCUAAUAAGUUAAUAGACUAUAUCCUAGGGGGAACCUCUAGCGGGGAGGAGAGUGCGGGUGAUGAUGAUGAGGAAGACUGGGAUGAUAAUGAUGAUGAUGGGUUUGACAGCGAAGGGCUCCUCUCGGAUUCAGACGACGGGAGCCAGAGCGGGGAAAGGUUGCACCUCUGGAAUUCCUUCUUCAGCCUGGAUCCUUACAACCCGCAGAACUUUACGGCAACCAUUCAGACAUCUUCCAGCAGUCCAGGAAAGGAUAUGCACUGUGGGUCAGAUGUGGAAGAGGAGGAGGACGAGGAGGAGGAGGAUUCUUCAUGGGCAGACUCAUCUUCAGGCUCUCCUCACCUCAGUUCUGAAGAGCAUGACGAGUGGGAGUGUAGCAGCGUGGAUGAGGCAGAAAACUUGAAACUUUGGAACUCAUUCUGUACCUCAGACGAUCCUUAUAAUCCUUUAAAUUUCAAGGCACCCUUCCAAACAGCAGAGAAGAAAGGGAAGCCUGGCUCAAAAGGAACAGAGGGGCCGAGUUUGGGCACUUCUGAGCAUAGUCACUUAACUGUCUGUCGGGUACAGCUGGAAAAACAUAACUGUGGUGUCACAGACUUGGUGCAGCAUGGCAUUCUUUUGGGUGAGAAAUGUAGAAGUACCAAGCGGAAAAAGGUAACCUUCCUUGAAAAAGUUACUGAGUAUUACGUCAGCAGCGAGGAGGAUCGGAAAGGACCCUGGGAAGAGCUUGCCCGAGAUGGUUGCAGGUUCCAGAAACGUAUCCAAGAAACAGAAGAAGCCAUAGGGUACUGCUUCACCACAGAGCAUAGACAGAGAGUUUUAAAUAGACUCCGAGAAACCUACUCCAAAGGGGUUGAUCUCUUCUAGCACCUUAAAAGACCUGGUAGUUGUGUGUGACCCGAAGCACUCAUGAAAAUCUUCAAACCAAGAAGUGGCAGCUGCGUGUGCUGUUUUGAAAUGGGGAGAAAAGUGGGAUUCUAACACUUUUUCCCAGUUUAAUAUUCAGCCAACAAAUAUACCUAUGUGUAUCCCAUUUUUGACAUCCAAACAAAACCUUUUGAGUAUCAACAAGGGUGAGGGUGGUAUAAUUGCAUUCCUCUUCAGUACCAUUUGAGAAACAGACUGCUUUAGGUUAAAUCCAUUCCAAAAAUGCCUUGUCUGCCGUAUGUUGAGAAGUGGUGGUUAUUCAGUUGGAAUUUUGCACUUUGAAAAAGCAAACAUAUUUUGAAGGAAAUAUUUAUGGAGCUCAGAACCUAGUUAUUGCAGUUUUGAUUUAAAGUUUGUAAAGGCAUGUGCUGUUUGUUUGUGGUUCUCCAUUUUCUCUAACCUAUACAAAAGUCUCCGAUUUUGUUAGCUCAUGAUGUUAACUUUACUGCACAAAGCGGAUGCUUUUUUGCUUCCUUUUUAAGGUCCCAGUUUUGUGUGCAAUCUAAUUGUUUGAGUGUUGAUGUGACGCUUUGAUGUCUUAAUAUUUCAGUCUAGCACACUGGGGGAUUCAGGGGAACUCUGGUGCACUCUAAGCCCUUUGGUUUGUCUUUAUUUAAGUAGUACCUUUACCCAGUACUGUUCCAAAGGGUGCUGGCUGCUUGUGCACCAAGCCGCUUUGCUUUCAGGGCAGUGAAAGGCCUCAUCCUGAUCAAUAAUUGAAGCUUCAAGGUACAUAUCAAAGCUGUGGCUGAUGGUCUGAAUUGAGAUAGCUGCACGUGUGGAACUAGGCCAUAGGUCUUUAGGUAAUCUCAGAGCAACUUCACCCUAAUUCUGCUUCCUGAUUGAAGUGGAGUGCUCUUUGUAUUUCUUUUAUCUGGUACAUGUAAGGAGAAUUACCUUUCUGGAAAUCUAAGACUACAGAGUGCUGUGUUCUUUACCAGAAGCCAGUAUUAAUACCUCUCUGCGUCUGCACUUUUGUUCAUUUGGUACCAAAAUAACAUUUCACGUUUGGGAUCUGAAAGUUGAGGUCCUCGGUGGAAGGAAAACACUCCUUAUUUGUGUUUGUAACUUAAAAUGUUUAAUUGUUUCAGUCAAAAUAAAAGAGCAGCACAGUUUGGAUAUGCAUUUGGACCUGGAAGAUGUUGUAUGGCUGUAACCCAAGCAGGAAUGAGGUCAUGCAAUGGAAUAAAUACCAGUCAGAUCUAAAGAAUUCGUAUCUGUUUGCAAAAAAUGGUGAGAGUAAAUGAUUUGCUAUUUUGUUCAUUCAGCUGACUAGGAAUGCCUCUAUUUUUGUAAGGAAGAGGCCUAGAAACACUUGAAAUUUGUCGUCUUAUUAAUCUCUUCAAUUUUGAAUUCAAAAGAAGUUAUGGAUACAUGGAGAAAAGAGCUUCACAAAGCUUUACGGAGUUUUCUGCUUCAUCUUGCCAUGCUUCUGGUGAUUUUAAUUGUCUCAAAUUUCAGAGCUUUGGGAUUUACACUUUUUCCAUAAAGUUUGUUCUUUGGAUUUAAAAAUUGCCUUUCUCUGCUACGUGUUAGAAGUGUUAAUUAUAAAAUUAAGAGAGUUAACUGAGAUAUGGUAGAGUUGUCACAUAAAAUACGGCUGAAACUCGAGCAGCCGUUUGGAUUGGCUAAUUGAAAGCCAUGCAACAAUGUUAUUUUAAUCCUUGUGGAAUAAAAAAACACAUUCUUUUCUAAAGAAGAUUAUUUUGGUUGUGAAAUCAUAAAUCAUGCCCUUGAAUCCUAUGGAUUAGCUUUCAGUUUUUAGGAGCUAAUUUUCCUGUAUCGUAUUUGAUAACAGGUGUUCUGCUGUUUUGUUUAGGGAAGAGCACGCGGGAUGAUUAAUGUGUUAGAAUUAGAGAAAAAUUGUUGACAUAUGGUCCUAGCGUGACUGAUAAGUAAAAAUGCUGUUCGUCGCUCUUGGUAAAAUAUACGAGAGCUUUUUUCCAUGACACUCCUAGUUUAUUUGGUCUUGUAAAGUUUGCUGCUGCUUCAAUUACUCUGGUUAACUUGGUGUAGUGGUGUUCAUUAAAAAAAAAACUCUAGGGUGAUGUGAAUUAACACCUGCAGACACCGAUCAACUUUUUGCAGAGGCUUGGGAAAGGCUACAGCUGGAAAUGAACAGAAUUGACAAAUUAUCUACAAGCUAGGUUGAAAACUGUUCCUUCCAAAAAUACUUCUGAUAUCUGAGAUUAUUUUUUUUCAACCUGCAGUGUAUCGAGCACUCUGUUCUAAAACUGCUGAUUCUCAGAGAAACGUGCCUGCUCGGGUAAGUUUUUCCCUCCUCUCAAACCUCAUACUUCCAGAGUAUCCAGUGGUGGUAGGAAGUUAUUCUAACACUAAAUUUAUGAGCAAGCUAAUUUUUUUUGUCACCAUCUUCCCUAUAACAUAACUUAAAGUUGUCUUACAGGAUGUGUACAUGUGCGUUUGGAGUGAAACAUGAAAAAUAAUACUUGUUGAACUUUAAAUCAAAACUGUAAUUAUCAGAUUUUAUUUUUGUAUAAUUUAGAGAAAGUUAGAAAACCUUCAACAUUGGCUUUAUACAGAUUUUAAUUGAUUUGUGUCGAGUUUGUUGGGUUUUUUAUAUCUAAAGUUAUAUUUCUGUACAUAACAAAACUAUUCAGAACUAAUCUGUAAAUUGUAAUAAAGAUAUUUGCAAGA